UUAUUUUGUUUAAUCAACUCUAAAUUUUUAUACAGAACAAUAUCACAUUUAAAGACAUUAAUAAAAACGUUUGGAUGAUAUGGCGAAUCAAUUAGCACAAGAGAUAACAGUUGUAAAAACAAAACGUAUCUGCCUCGACCUUACUCAACAAAUCACAACAAAUCCCACUGCAAAAGUAAUUUUUUUCCGGUCGCACAGCGACAACCGCCCAAAAUAUAUGUCACGUCCUCUGGGCAUCCCAUGCGGCCGCGGCUCCGCCAUAUACCUGAGCAAAGCUUCUCAGGUGAGUGUAAAUGGGACUUUGAAAGCAUGUAGCAAGACUCGUAUCCACAACCUGUCUCCGGCACCCAUUGGCCGGCCGAGUCACGUGGCCACCCUGUUUCACGUCCGCAACAGCCACUUGUUUCAUGCUUUUUUAUUAUCAUUUCAUAGCUCGCUCUGUUUCCAUAGUGAAUGCGACGCCACAAUAACAAAACAGUGCGAUGCGCGGCACCAACCAAACCCGGUCCCUUCAUCAACAGUGACUCGGAUGCGUCUUGGGAAGUGCAACAUCACUUCUUCGGGGUCCGCGCGUUUCCGGUUACGGGGAUGUGAUUGUAUUUUUGGACCACGAACAGUUCGGUUCGUCUUCGAUUCACCGUUAAUCAGUGAUUGUUGUGAGUGUGAAUGACUCGAAAAUGGAAGAGAUCGCGUUCAGCGACUGGCCGGGCCAGCCUGUGGAUUUAAAUUCCGGCAACAAUCCGUGGCUGCCGGCCUACGGAUUUCAAACGCCAUCGGCCCUUCUUGAAAGGGACGACUUCAUCGGCAAUCCAGAUGCCGAAUACUUCUUAACAAACUCCACAAGCCACUACAUGUACCUGGAGACGAUCCAGGAGGAGACGUCGGAUGAUCUGCGUUCCGAAAGCGACCUGGAAUCCAAUUCUCCCGUGGGAUGGCUCGCCACCGAUUCUGAGACCGGAUCCGUCAUCUGCAUCGAUGGAACAGAUGAUGUCGACUGCGAUUCGGACAGAGAGUUGGCGUGUCCGGCGAAGAGGAGAAAACAAGAGUCUGUUAAUUUAUUGUGUGUACCCUCGGACGAUGAACAAUCGUUAAGCAGGUCCAGUAGUUUGUUACAAUUCGAAACGUUGGAAAAACAGUGCCAGGAAACGUGUAGCAGCAGUCCCAGCAUUUACUCGCAAUUCAGCUUCGACUCGUUGGAAGUGCACAGGAAAGGCAAUGUCAGUCCGGACAGUUUGGACAACGGAAAAAACGGCUGGGACGAUGACAACGAGUCCUACAUGAGUUUGAGCAUCGAAAUACCGAGGAAGAAGGACAAGAACGCAAGCAGGGACAGUCUGCUCUAUAACGUUACGAGGUAUAGUGGUAGUGAGGGCAGUGACACCAGCGAAGGCACCCUGGAGACCUCGCGCUCCUUUGACAAUUUGCGCACGUGGCGAAGCUUCGACAGCUUGCCCCUCGUCAGCAACGGCUCCAGCAACAAGAGUGUGAAGGAGAAGAUCUCGGUGGAGAAUCUGAGUGAGGACAGUGGUUACAGUGAUCAUUUGGUGAAGUCGAACAGUCCCACCGAAUUGAAGAAGGAAAUUGAUGACUGUGUCAUGAAAGCGAGUGAAUGUUUCGCCGAUUCCGUGAGGAAAAAGGGUUUCCAAGGAUUUGGGGCCUAUGAUGGGGAGGUGUUUCAUCACAUUAAUGGAAACUUUGGGGUGAGCUACCAAGACCUGAGCAUCUUCGAAAAAUACGAGCCGACAGAGGACUAUCGCAGUCCGCUGAUCAACCGAUUCAUGAAAAAUAAAUUGCAGCGACAGUCCAUGACAACGACGACAACCGCGACGCUGAAACCAGUAAAUAUAGACGACGACGCCGAUUCUAAAUUUACUUCUGCGUCCGCCAGUGAACCCAACUUGCCCCAAGCCGUCGGUCUAACAUCCGUGCAUCGCACGGUAUCCUCCAGCCACAACCAACUCGAUUGUGUCAGUGUGCCGAAAAACCUCAAUCUGAUCGGUGAUUUCGGUUGUGCGAGUGACAACGCGAAUUCGGUCGCAGCGAAAAACUGGGAUCUGACUGAUCUGCGGGAGGAUUUCGAGAGGGAUGAGAGCAUAGAGGACGACAACAUGCCGAAAGUUAAACGUGAAGGUAGCUAUGACAUGGCUAUGACCAAUAGGGUCGACCUCAGCGACGACGAGCACAGCUACUGCUACAAAAAGAAGCUGCCCAGCACGCCCAUUGUGGAGUUCGACCGAAAGGUGCUGAAAGCCAUCUCGGAGACCAGCAUACAAAGCAUAUUGGGCAGCAACGCCAACAUCCAAGAGACGUAUCUGAACGACGUUUACUCUUCGACGCCAGCGAGACACACGGUGGCGAAGAGCACGCCGAAUCUGGCGUUGACGGAGCAGGAAAUCCUGCACAGAUACCUCCAGGAUGAGAGACGCAGGUCCACGCAGGACAUACCGAGAAAGAACUCCAUAAUAAAAUCCUCGACCAGCACCAGCGGAUUGUCGGACGCUGACGAGAAAACCAUGACAUCGUUGCGUUCGUUCGGCUCAACGAAUUCCCGCGGCGUCCACUUUAGUCCGGUUGUGUCUGAAGUAAACUGGCAAGAUGACAGCGUGUCAACCGCGACGCCAGAACGCGAGAGCAGCUACAGCUUGGAGAGCACACCUGAGCGCGAGAUCGCUAAGCAGCCGCAGAGGCAGGCCAAUUUCGCGGCGACUCCCAUUCAGCAACGGCUGAGCAUUAGUCAGCCCGAGCUUUCGGACAAUGAGUCCAGCAAGAGGGAGUUUGUCGAUACGCUCAAGAGCUUGAGACAGGACUUCUCGAAAAGUCAGCCGGAUAUCAAUCGUUUGAAGCGCAGAGAUGGACAUAAUCCAGGUAUGAUUAAAAUGAGUAGCCAGCUGGUGAAGAAGGAUGAGCACGGUGCCCUGGUGCAAGCCUACAUCGACCGCGACGGCAUCCAGUACAAGCACACCCACCUGGACCUCGGCAAGUACGAUUUCCCACCCCACCACCAGUCUUCGGGCGGCGGACACGUGGAGGGGCGCCCGCAGCCGCCAAACCACGACCGGCGCAGUCAACAGCCGGCGGUCGCGGCAAUGGAAGUGCAGGAUGCGCACCGGAAGGACAAAUCGCCGCGCAACAAAAUCGGCGGCUUCUUCUCGCGCCUGGCCAGCUUCCGGUUUUCGAACCGGAAGGGCCAGGAAGAGAAGGCCAAGCUGAAGAAGAGACAAGGCGCGGCCAAUGUGGCAGUUGCCCAGAUGCCCCAGCAGCGGCUGGCCACGAAGGAGGACUACAUCUACAUCCCGCUUAAAGGACCGGCGACGACGACGACGACGACCGCGUCCACGCAGCCGGACAACAGGCAGAGGAACAACAACAACAACAUGGUGAAUUCCGUGUCGCAGAAGCCGCCGCUUCCGAAACAGCCCCCGCGAGUGGUGCACGCAAGCGUCAAGCGCGACCAGACGGCGCAGGACACCCCCGUGGGUCGGGACGACGUCGAGAAGCCGCGUAGACGACGUAGAACGACAAUCGAUUCCGGAACUCCCAUACCUCGUAUGGAGGAGCCGAUGGGGCUGAUCGAGACCGAUCUCGACACGGAAGUGACGGUCAUCACCAGCGGCAACCAUGUGAAGACUAGGAGCCUCCUGAACUUGGGCGCCGAUCCGAGGGCGGUGGCCCGCCACCUGACCGCCGCCGGCGAGGGCAAGGCGCGCCCGCACAAGUCCAUGGAGUUCCUGUUGGACAAGCAGAAUCUCAAGGUCGUUGAGCCCCCAGAGAAUGAGCUGCAAAAAGGAGAACGGGUGAUGUCGGAACACCAGCUGAGAGUCCAGCGCUCCCUUCAGAAGCUGACAGUGCCCGACUGGUACAAGCAGUCGCAGGUGCCCCGCGAGGGCUUCCUCCUCAAGAAGCAGCCGACCCGUGACACCCGAUGGUCGGGCACCGGCAGCAAGACCACCUCACUCAGCAGCCUCGGCUCCAAUUGCCAAUCGCCAGUCAUCCUGAGCCCGACGCCGACCAAUCAGCCGUUCGUGCGAUGGUCGACGUCGAAGCUGAACUCGACGGCGUCCAGCCCGUGCGCGUCGACGCGGAGCAGCUUCAACGCCCGACAGGCGAACGGAUCCAUCUCCCCGUCGUCGGUCCGAAGUAGUUUCAGCUACAGACAGCCGUACAUGGGCUGGAGAUCGCAAGAGCGACUGACCAGACCGAGGACGCCGGCCGAGCGUCUGGCCAACACCAUUCUGUCCCAGUCCAACCAGCCGGAGGCCCACCAGCAAGAGAGUCCGGAGAUCCAGACGUCGAUAAAGGAGGUGACGUCGGCCAUCGUGCACUAUGUCAGUGGCCUGAGGCCGGAGGACCAACGCAACUCCGACCAUCUGGACUCGGGUUCGCAACGCAGCUCGUCGGUCAGUCCGAGGGGCAGUCAGAAGCUGUGUUGGUUGGAGAGCUCGUUCGUGGGUACGAAACCAUUGGACUCGCCCCAAACGCCGGUCACUCUGUCCGAAAGUCAGUCGGCCACGCCGGUGCCCCCCUCAAGUCUGAGAUUAGACCUCCAGUCCCAAAAUGACCUGACGUUACUGACGGCGGACGGCACCAAUGCACGUCCAUCGCCCGGAUCGACCACGUUAGAGGACGUGCUGGACUCGCUGCUGGGGCUGCCGCCGACCACAGGAGGCGGAAGGGCACCCAGUCCCAGUCUCCAAGGGACGGUGUCAGCUAAUACCAGCCCCUGCCACCUAGGAAACCACGAUAAGCCAUCGGACCAGUUUCGGCGUCGUUCUGAAGGGAGCGAACCCUCCACCAUAGUGCCAAACUCGCGGAGGGUCUCCUUCAACUCGUCCCCAGUGCUCAGAUGCCGUUACGCCCGCUGCGGGAAGACCGCAUUGGCCGUCAGUUUAGAGGCCGCGUCUUACAAGAAUUGCCACAAUUGCACCUACAUUUACUGCUCAAGGGCCUGUCGCCGGGCCCAUUGGGAGAAGCACCGCAAAACCUGUUUGUUCUCUAGGAUAGGGACGUUGUGUCGGCAGGUGAUCGCCGCGUGCAAGGAGCAAAAGGACACCUUGUUACAUUUGUCGGCGAUGGCCAGGAGGGGCUACUUGUCGCACGGACCCGGCGCAGUCAAAUGCUUUUUCGCCUGUCCGGAACUGGCGGAGAAAUUUCUCUCGAACGGUCUGCAAAGCUUGGGCGAGCUGACCUACGUCAGAUGGCAGGAUUUGCUGCCGUCGGAAAUGGGACCGCAUUUGUACGCCGAACUGGUGAAAAUGUGCAGAAGUUACAAUCCGGACUCGAAACUCGUCCUGUACGUAUCCGUGUGCGUGGUCUCCGAGACCCCGGCAUCCGGGGCCGUCAAAUGGGAGCGACAACUGGUGUCGCGAUGUGCGAAAAUGCGGUUGAGCAAAGACAUACCCAUUCCCGAGAAAGACCAGGAGAACCCGGAAACGUUGAUCCUCACCUGUCCCCCGAUUAAAGGGGGCGACGAGAUGGUGAAACAUCUUCGCGAACUCAGCGUCAACAAUCUCCAAAUCCACCUCAGACAAAGGGGCGUUUCGUUGCGACGCCAGCACCCGGAAAUCUACAAACAGUUGAACGUUUACUGUGAAGGUGCGGUGAAGUUCACCCCGGUGACCGUCUAUCCGAAGGACAGUGCAACGGGGAAGAGUUUCAUGUGCAUUAUCAUGCUGGAAGCGGACACUGAAAGUCUCACGAAAAUCGUAACAGCCGGUGUGCGCGUAAAAACUGUUGACGUUUUAACCAACCCUCUUCCCGAAUGAGACUAUCCUAAGGUUCCCACAAUGAGUCGCUUCAAUGUUGAUAUCAAAGUAUUGUACCAGGCAAUAAUAAUCUAACCAUAAUCCAUGGUCAACAGAAUAUCUACACAACUUUCAUUUGAAGUGUACAGGGUUAAUAGUUCUAUCAUAUUAUUUAUUUUAUUAUAAAAGACUGUGAUGUAUUAAAUGUUAUAUUUGGCUAUUCAAUUAUUUGGUAAUAAAUCCACCUAAUUGAAAUAUAUUCCCUAAGAGGCAGUAUUUGAAAGACUUUUUGUAAAAACUAGAUAGACAAAAAGUCUAUUCAAAAAUGAUGUCUUAUACCGUAAGUCCCAGUAAAAAGAUUAUAUAGGUAUAUAUCCAUUGUUUCUGGUUAUAUAUAUACAAAAUUUAUAAAGCUUUUUAUUUAUCUCUUAUAAUAAAAUAAAUAGUAGAGGGGUCAAAAUAUAAACCCUACUCAAUAGAUAAAUUUUCUAUAUUCUUAUAAAUAAAUGAAGUGACGUUUUAAACAAAAAUGACAUUUCUUUUUAUAAAAAAUUUAAAAUAAUUUUCGAGUAUGUUUAUCCGAAAAAAAUCGCCUUGACAUAAUCUUGCUGGCAUGGGUGUAAAUAUAUUCGAUUAUUUUAUUUCAAUAGUUAUAUUUUAAAAGAUUUAAUAAUUAAUAAUAUGCGCCAUAGUUUUAAUUCUGUUAUGUAGAUAAAGUAGUUAAAUUUAAAUUUAAAACUAUUAAAUUUACUCGCAACUUUAUUCACUGUUACAUUAUAGAAUUAUUAAAACUUUGCCUCUUUUAUUUAUUUUAGCAACAUUUAUGGUUAGAAUAUUAUUUAAAACGAAUGAAAAUGUAACUAAUGCUUUUGAAGCUUCAAUAUACACGAAAAUAAUACUUUUUGAAGAUUGCUUACAUGGUAUCCCUUAAACUUGUUAAUUGUUAAUAAUUUAAAAAAUAAUAUAUUUAAUCUAAAUUAAAUCAAUUAUAAUAAAUAUACAUAUAAAAAAUAUUAGUAGUGACUAAAAAUAGGUCUUCAAAAAUUGUUAUUUUGUCUUACGCUUCAAGAGGGUUUUUUUUAAGAAGAUUGGUACCCUUUCCUGUGAUUUAGCUUGUUGUUACUCUGCAGAUUUUAAAACAUAUUAUGAAUGUUAACUUUUCUAAUGUUGCUUUAGUUCUUAAGUAAAUAAGUGAUUAAAUCAACGGCUAUCAGCCUCAUCCUGUAUUAAAUAACCAACAUUUCAAUAUUAUAAGAUUCAUACAUUCAUUCAAUCAAGAAUACUACAGACUGUUUUAUGUAAAAACCCGAAAUCUUUUAUUUUUUAAAUGUUGAAUGUUGUAAUUGGCCUUGCAAAAUUUAAUAAUGUAAACCACAGCUUUAUUUUACGUUAAAUUAGGCAAUGUUAAAAAUUAAAAUUUUAUUUUGGACUAGUGUUUUUAAAACAGUAUAUAGUAUUCUGUUAAAAAUAGUAUAAUCUCUUUCUGUCUUUCUACGAAAACAUGCACACACAUUUUGCGGAACUUAUUGUUAGAUAGGUUUGUGCCAAAACUGAGGAAACUCACUGUACAAAAUAAUUUACAUAUCCAUCUGUAUUUGUAUCAUUAUGCAAACAUUAUGGUUGUAAAUAACUUAUCAUUUCGACAGCAACUUGUACAUAUACAACUGAGAAAAUGUGUGUGUAUUGUUGGAUAUUUACACUGAUUUACAUUGCUCACCAUAAGAGUAAAUUGACUGAAUAUGAUUAAUGUUUGUUAAGUAUCACGAUUUUUUUCCUCGAUAAUUUCUUAUUUUGUAUGUUGUUUUAAAUCUUCUGGUAAAAUAUUCGUUAUUAUGAAGCAAUAAAUGACGAUUUAAUUUUAA